GGCCCGCCGAUUCAUCAAUCGCACGGCCCCGGUGAGCAGGAGCUGGACUACGCUUCCCCGCUAGGAGCCACUGGUCUCCAUCCCAGGGCAGGGGGCCUCUUUAAAUAUCCUCCACCCGACCUGCCUGCCGACUCCAAAGUCCGUCCAAACCCAUCUCUCGCAUCUCGCCUCCUCCCCCACGCCGCAGUUUCCCGACCUCGGCGCAGACCGCAGAGACCAGGUCUCCCGUCUCCCCUCUCCGACUCGCGGUCGCCGCCGGCUUCCUUCUUCCCGGAACGCGCGGGCCACGCUAGCUCCGGCGUGCUUGGUUUCAUAGCCGCGAGCGAUCCAUCCAUCCCCCGCCUAGAGGCUGCAGGCGGAGGCUGCUCGGCGGAUCGAGAAGAGAAAAUUGUUGUUCGUAAUGGCGGGCGACAGGUGCGCGGGCGCGAUCGCGGGGUGCGAGCUGUGCGGGGGCGUCGCGGCGGUGCACUGCGCGGCGGACUCGGCGUUCCUCUGCGUGCCCUGCGACGCCAAGGUGCACGGCGCCAACUUCCUCGCCUCCAGGCACCUGCGCCGCCGCCUCGUCCACGCGGCCGCGGACGGGGACGCCGGAUCCGCGGGCUCGGGCUCGGGCUCGGAGUCGUCGUCCAGCUCCUCCUGCGUGUCCACCGCCGACUCGUGCGCGGCCGCCUCCGCGGCGACGCGGGCGGCGGGGCGGAGGAGGGCAGGGUGCAAGCACCGGCGCGCGCGUGCGGAGGUGGUCCUCGAGGGGUGGGCCAAGCGGAUGGGGCUCGCGCCGGGGACAGCCCGCCGGCGGGCAGCGAGGGCCGCGGGCGCGCUCCGGGCGCUGGGCCGUGGCGUCUCCGCCUCCCGCGUCCCGCUCCGCGUCGCGAUGGCCGCCGCGCUCUGGUCGGAGGUCGCCGGAUCCGGCUGCGCGGAGGCCGCGCUGCUCCGCCGGCUGGAGGCAAGCUCGCACGUGCCGGCGAGGCUGGUUGUCACGGUGGCGUCGUGGAUGGCGCGCACCGCUGUCCGGGCCGCCGUCCCCGCCCCAGCCGAGGAGGGCUGGGCCGAGUGCUCCUGAGCCACCUGCUCCGGCCCGGGCCCAUCUCCCUCCCGUCGACGAGCCGAACAAGGAAGGAAGGAAGCGAGCCUGAGAUAGAAUUACACGUAGAAUGUAACAUGUGAAGCAAAGUUCGUUUGUUUAAUUUUCCCCGCCUUAUUCUAAGCACGAUUAUACAUACUAUUAUUCUUUUUUUUAUGGUUACUAUUAUUCUUAUUAAUAUUCCUUCAUCAUGGAAGCAAAA